AUGUCAAGCACCAUGUCAUCACCCAGGGACGACGCCUGGAUGGGGCUCGCCCUGGAGGAGCUGCUGGAUGGUCUCCAGAUGGGGCAUCGGCCCCAACCUUUACUCCUCGCGCCACUCAGUGUGGCCGGAGUCCGCAGACGAAUCCCGUCCGCGGAGCAGCUAGACGUCCCGCCGGAUCACCGAUUCGGCCCAAUACGGGUGGACACGACCACGGCCAACCGAGGCCGCUCACACGCCUGCCGACCAGGGCAAGCAGCCACUCGCGGAGCAGGGGCCGCCGCCGUUGGUCCCGCUGCGCGCGGCCACAACCCAGCCUCCAGCGACUCAGGCUACCCAAAAGCAGGCUACAGGAGGGAAGCCAUCACCACGGGCAGCACCUCGGACAGUCGGCUCAUCGACGCGCUCACACACCGGUCGGGUGUCCACGACGCCUGCCGGCAAUCAGGGGCAGCCACCACGGGAAGCACCGCGAGCAGCCCGCCCGUCGACGCGCCCGCACACCGGCCGGGCCGCCACGACAACUACCGGACACGAAACCCCAUCAUCCAAGCCCUCACUUCGGCACGCUUACACACCGUCCCGAUUCCAACAACGCCUGGGACACGCGCAGUCCAGGCUGCAGCGGCACCAGACCCAGACGGCGAGGUGGAAGCGGCGCUACGAGAGUGCCUAGACGACCUUCCACCCGACGUGCUGGAGGAGAUGGCCCACGGGGCCGAAGGGGUGGACAUGGAGGACCUCUUCGGGGAGUCUCCCGACGAAGACGGAGUACAGCUUCCGAUACGCCCCGUCUCCGACCAAUCCGCCGACGAGCCACGGACCCCGUCACCUCAAUUCCAUCCGGACUACGAGGUGAUCUCCAGCGACGAGGGAGAGGCGGCCGAGAUCAUCCAGAUCUCCGACUCCGACGACGCCGAGCCAAGUUUUAGACCGCCGGGCACCCCGCCGCCGGCGUAUGAGGACAUUUUCGGGCCGGGUCCAUAUGCCACCAGCUGCCCGAUAUCCACAUGCGCAGCCUCAUCACCGAGCCAGUCACCGCCGACCACGUCAGAUGGGCCAUCGACAAGCCGACACGUCGACUUGACGACCGACGAGGACUCCGCCGACGAGAGGCCAGCCGUGGCCGUACCGAGCCGCCCCCCGCUACCAACACCCGGCGAAUACGCCGCUGCAGUGGCCCGACGCAGGGCUGAGGACCUGAGCGACGAACUGGGCUCGUCCUCCGCCGGGCCGGUUCGGCCAAUCAACCCGGAGCCACGUUCGGCCAGGGAUCGACCACCCACACCAGCACCGGCACGCCGAGGCCGCCGACGGAGCGCGCCCUGGGCCGACAGCCCCAGCGAAUCCUCGUCCGAGGAGGAGUUGCCACGCGAUCGCCAAGGUCACACCCGCUGGCUACCCGUUCCCGACGGCUGGAGCACGCCCAACGGCACGCUACCCGCCGGGCUCAUCAGACGGAUCCAGCAGCGACUUCUAAUAGCCAGACGAAGGGCCCGACGCUACCUGGAGGAGGAACAGGUUCAACGAUUCCGGGUGCAGCUGAACCGGGACGACCACGUCCGGGUCUUCCUACACCCCACCCGGAAGUAA